UAGCAGCGAGCUAGCUGAUCGGCUGAUGUGUAGACAAGUGGUGGAAUUUCAGUCGAAAACAAAUACUCACCGCGAUAGGUUUGAAAGACAGUGCUUUUUGUUUUCGCUUAAGAUAAACAUAAUUUUAACACACUUGCAUAAAAUGCAAUUCGUCGCAUCUGAGCAUCCACAUCGGCGUUUCAACCCAUUGACUGGUCAUUGGGUGCUGGUGAGUCCACAUCGCAUGCUGAGACCAUGGACGGGACAACAGGAGGCGCCACAGAAAAGCAAUAUACCCGAUUUUGAUCCCACUAACCCACUUAGUCCAGGUGUGGCGCGACCAAAUGGCACCGUGAAUCCCGUGUAUACGGGAACAUUUGUUUUUACAAAUGACUUUCCGGCUUUGAUGGAGAACAAUCCGGUGCCACCACCAUCUGAUGAUCCGCUCUUUCAAGUGUCGGAGGCGAGGGGUACUUGCCGCGUUAUGUGUUUCCAUCCCAAAUCGAAUGUAACACUACCACAGAUGACUGUCGCCGAAAUAACGGCUGUCAUAGAUGAAUGGAUCAAGCAGUUUAAUGAGUUGUGUAAGAAAUUCCUCUGGGUACAGGUGUUUGAGAACAAAGGUGCUGCUAUGGGUUGUUCGAACCCACAUCCACACUGCCAAAUAUGGUGCUGCUCAUUCCUGCCAACGGAGCCGCAAAUUAAAGACGAACGUUUGCGAAAUUAUUACGCUAAAAACGACCGUCCAUUGCUUGACGAUUACGUGAAACGUGAGGUGGAACGUAAAGAACGUAUUGUUGUUGAGAAUCCUGAUUGGUUAGUUGUGGUGCCGUUCUGGGCUGCCUGGCCGUUUGAGACACUACUCAUAUCGAGGAAUAACAACAAACGCAUAAACGAUGUGACACCAUCGCAACGCGAAAAUUUGGCCAAAGUUAUUAAGGAGUUAACCACCAAAUAUGAUAAUUUAUUCCAGUGCUCCUUCCCCUACUCCAUGGGCUUUCAUGGUGCACCGACUGGUGAAUCCAGCGAUGCUGACACGUCACAUUGGACACUUCAUGCACUUUACUAUCCACCUUUAUUGCGUUCAGCCACUGUACGUAAAUUUAUGGUUGGGUUUGAGUUAUUGAACGAGGCACAACGGGAUUUGACACCAGAACAGGCAGCUCAACGUCUACGUGAAAUUGAUGGUGUUCGUCAUUACUCGGAAAAUUAACCAAAGAAAUAUACAUAUACAUGUGUGUGAAAGUAAAGGGAAAAGACCGACACGCAGUCAAGUGCCAUUGACAGCAAGUGUCUGCUUUAAAUGCGGUCAGAGACCUAACGUGCCUUGUGUGUAUAAUAUUGGAAAAUUCAAAAUCAUAAGCCAAAUUUAAUUAAAAAAUAAGUGGAAAGUUAGAAAAUCGUAGCUUAAAUAGUGAAACAAUUUAAACGUAAUCAAUGCUCUAUGUUAGAACCAAAGAAAAAAUAAUAAAAAUAAUUGAUUUCCAAUUUGUCAAUACAA